AUUGGACGUAAGGUGAUCUCAAAGAGAAUUUAAACACUACGUUGAAUGUAGUGGUCAGUGUAGGUAAUAAAGUAUCUUUGGAGUUUAGAGUGAAUAGUCGGAAGUAUUUUUUAUUACUAAUAAGUUUAGCUAAUAAUUAAUUAUUUUAAAUUUACUAUUUACCUUUUAAUUUUAGUAUCGUCUAGGUUACACGUCGAAGCAAAUAUAUACUUUCAUAGUAAAUUGUUUACAAUUUUUAGUUCAAAUUUUGAUAAAAAAAAUAUUUAAAACAACGAAGGAUAAUGUUUCAAUCAACUCCAAGAGUGCUAUCUAUUCAGAGUCACGUUGUUCAUGGGUACGUGGGAAAUAAAAGCGCUGUUUUUCCUCUUCAAGUUUUAGGUCUUGAAGUAGAUGCUAUAAAUACAGUGCAAUUCUCAACACAUACUGCAUAUAAACAUAUCAAGGGAACUGUCUUAGACAAUAAUGAUUUGGAAGAAAUAAUUAGUGGUCUUAUUUUAAAUGAUGUUGAUUAUUACACACACUUCCUAACUGGGUACUCAAGAUCCCCAGAUUCACUUAAGCAAAUCGCUCAGGUUAUCAAGAAGUUGAAAGAAAAGAGUCCAAACUUGGUUUAUGUAUGCGAUCCAGUGAUGGGAGAUAAUGGCCAAAUGUACGUACCAGAUAGUAUCCUGCCUGUGUAUCGGGACGACGUGGUUCCGCUCGCCGAUAUCCUCACACCGAACCAGUUCGAAGCUGAAUGCCUCACAGGUCUCACCAUGAACGACUUCAACGGUGCCAUAAGGAUUAUCCAAGCUCUGCAUGACAAGGGGGUAAAAAUCGUUGUACUAUCAAGCACGGUGUUGGGGGAUGAGGAUUAUAUGAUUGGAAUCGCGAGUAAUGGAGUAAAGUGUUAUCAAAUACAAAUACCGAAAGUGGAGGCAUCUUUCACGGGCACGGGGGAUCUGUUCGCGGCACUUUUCCUGGCUUGGACCCACAAGACCGAAGGCGACCUCAAGCUCACGUUGGAGAACACGAUAGCCACGCUGCAAACCAUCGUGAAGAACACCUAUGACUACGCUAGAGCAAUCCAACCUACAGGUAAACUACCACCGGCACUGAUAGAGCUACGGUUGAUUCAGAACAAAAGCGUUAUUGAAAAUCCGGUUGUAAGUAUCACAGCGACGGAAGUGUGCGGGUGUUUUAGUAAAUAGUAUAAUGUUGUUUUUAUUGUUAAAUUAUAUCUGAAGUUAUAGUUUUCUAAUGGUGCGUACAGAUUGGUAAAACGUAUCAUGAAAUGAACGAAUUAGCCGUAAACAUCGCUGCAAUGUAUCAUGAAAGGGAACAUCUGCACACUUUGUAACAUUUUCUCAUAGUUUGGACGUCUUUUUGGGCGCGAUAUGAGCAUUUCAAGCGCACGCUACGAGCAUUACAAACCGCGCGCGGAGCGACUCGUGAUUUGUCGGUUUUUCGAACGAUCACAAAGGGCUCGUUCGCGGCUGAAUGGCGGAAACAGAAGUACGCGCGUCCACGCUUGGAGCGAACAUGAAAUGAAAAGUAGAAUGAUACAUUUCAUGUUACGUUUCACCAGUCUGUACCUUAUUGGAUACUAUGUUACCGGCAAUCUCUAUAAUUCAGGUAUUCUAUGGAAUACCUGGGCUGUCCAGGCAAUUUUUGAGAUGGAUAGUAUUGGUUUUAUCGUCGAUUACAUACUUUAAUUACUAUUUAUACAAUCAGGCGUGAUCGUAAAAAAUAACUGUCAGUCCACAGGCAGUAUGUAAAGUAUAUUUAUUUUAUGAAGAUGUGCAGAUCCGAAUUGUGUCAAUCGACUGUUAUUCUCUUUUGUUUAAAUUUAACAUUAUCUAGUCUAAGAUAGCGUCUUCUAACUUACUAUCACAUAUUAUUUCUACAUCUCGAACAAUUUUGUGCGUAGCUUCGAAAAUAUUAAAAUAGAUGAUAAAUUUUAAAAAGACUAUUAUUAGUUUAUUAUAUUAUUACAAACAUUAAUAAUGGCUGCGUAUGUGUUUUGUAAUGUUAAUAAAGAAGUGUAAAGACUGCUCAAAGUAUGAUAUUAAUUGUAUCUCAUACAUCGCCUGGACAGAUCUAGGUACUCUAUACUUUGCCUAGAUAUUGUAUAGAAUACCGGAUUUUACACAUUGCCAGUAACAUAUUAUGCAUAUAUAAAAUACGAAAUUAGCGAUAUUGAUCCUUGAUUUCAUUCGAGGCGGUAUUAUGCUGUAAUACACAUGCGUUUCAUUCGAAGUUGUUCAAUACACUUGCGAAAGAUAGAUGAGAGACAACAGCUGGGAUAACAUAAAUCAAGUUAUAACAAAUAUUCGGUUAUGAACGUGAUGUCGAUACAACAAGAUUCACGCGUGGACAAGUGUGUUGAAAGAUUUAUUAUUUUGUUUAGGUACUAUUAGAGCAAGUCCUUGUAGACAUAGAGAAUUGAACUUUUCCCUAUAUAGCUGUUAAGUAUUAGUAAAUGCCAAAGAAUUAGCCACAGUGUUACUACAGCAGUAUUUUUCCCGUCAUUGAAGAUAAAUGAGAUUACAGGAGAGUAAAAUAAUAUAAGUCUACACAAGGCAGCCAUUACAGGGAGAGUAAGUGACAGCAAGAAAAAUAGGUACAUCAUUAUCAAAUGAUAAAUACAUGACAUUGACAUAAUGCGCUUAAACAUCAACCAACAGUCUUCUCUGUUAAUAUUAUGUAGCCAUUAAAAGUAUUAAUUUUCGUUUGUAUUGUAUUUUUCAUAUAAAUAAACUAGUAACAUACCUAAUGUUACUACUAAAUUAUAUAUGGUUCUGUAAUAAACCAUUAAUUGUACCGUUUUAUUCCGCGGGGUCUUAUGGACCGCACCAAGCUGACGGCAGUAAUAUUUAAAUACUCUGUUUUUAUGCAGCGAGACUUGUACGUCUACGCCUUCCGUCUGACUGUGAGGUUGUAUUUUUUAGUUUCUUUUUAUUUAGAGUAUUGGUAACAAGACUAUCAGCUCAAACCAUAAUACAAUAAAAGAAGAAUAUUGAAAUCAUUUCGCAAUAUACUCGAUCACAAAAAGGGUGUUUCUUGUGAUAGUGUGCGUUAGGUUUCUCUGUAAGGUUGCGUAUGGUUGGCAUUACUAAAAAAAUGCUGUAACUUAAUUAGAAAGUAUAAGAAAUGCCAGUAACUGCUGUUGAAAUUGUUGACAGUUAAAUUCACUCUAUGUCUAUGGGACGAGCUCAAUUAAAUAUAAUUUAAAAUUCGAAUCUAGCUAAAUAAAUAUAAACAUUAAUUAAUGUAAUCGCAAGUAUUCCAUUCCAAAGUUUGCUUAUAUUGUGGAAGUUGUUAUUAUUUUAUAUUUUAAUUGGCAAAUGGUGUAUGUUUGGAAUAAAAUUUAAGCUCACCAAACGAUAACAGCUUUAGGUGCUAUGUUUAUAUAUUUACAAUAUAAUUAGAUAAUUUGUUUAGUACAUAUCGAGAUCAUAAUAACUAUUUAUAAUGUACUAUUGUUAUAUCGUUAUUGUUAUCACUCUUAAAUUUGUUAAAUUGUCUUAACGAAACUGAGGUUUUUCGAGAUUGGGUUUAUCAAGAUAAUUAUUAUAGCAAGGUUGCUUUAUGUGGCCAUAAGUUUAUUGUGAAUUUGCCAAAAGUGGUCAAAUAUUAUCUGUGGUAAAGUAAUUUAGAUAAAACCAUAUUGACCAUAAGUAGUUGAACAACGACAAAAGCGAAAUCCUUGAAAGCCGUCUCGAUAAAGCCACUUGUGCUACAAUUCAUUGCGAUCAAACAGCGCUGUACCUCUCAACUGUAUAUUUAUAAAAUAUUUUAUGAAAUUAUCAAAACCACUUCAAUACAUGUUUCGCCUCUGAACGAGGCAUCUUAAGGAGCUAUUGACUUGCCAAACGCCUGGAACGAAUAUAUCUUCUAUUCUCGUUUACUUUUUAUAUUUUGUGAUUAUACUAGAGAUAAAAAUGUGAGAUUAGAAGAAGUAACAUUCGGGUGAAUGUAAGGACGGAUUAGCAAUUUUUGAGUGAUUAAUUAAUGACCAAAUAUAAAUGUCUUCCAUUAUGAGCAGAUAAAGAUAAUAUAAGUCUGUGAUAGAUUUUAGAUUUAUUUGUGAUUACUAUCCAAAUAUUAUUUUAUAGCAAAAUUUUGUUAAGUUUGCAAACUGAUGAAAUAUAUUUAACGUUACAAUGAA